AUGCUAACAAAACUUAUGUUACUUGCUGGCUGGGCGCUUCCUGCCGUUGCCGGUGCCCUUGUCCUUCUUACUGAAAACUGGAAUGUAGAGCAGGGGAAGCCCUUCACGAUACACUACAAUGGCUGCGAUGAUGGCUGCAAUAUAGCACUUAUGGUUGGUGAAAGCACCGAUCUGAAAGUUUUCAGAAUCCUGACUACGAGUGCGAGCGGCGAUAGCUUCACUUUCACUUUAAAUGGUUUGAAAGAAGAUACAUACUCCUUUCGAAUGACCAACGAAGAUGAGACUCAAUACAGUGAACAGUUUGUCCUAUCUGAACAGUCGAACCCAUCCAAGUCAGAAACAAUCGCUUCCUCGGAGACCCAGUUCGAGUUGACAAGCGCCUCAAUGCCCAGAUCGGCGCCAAGACCAACGACAUCUACUUUGAUCAUUACUGAUUCCGCAUCUUCAACAGCCUCUCGAGACGCUGCAACCUCUAGGCCGUCUGAAGUUUCUUCGGCCGAAUCAACUGAGGUAGAAGUCGACCCCAAGCGUGGACUUAGUGCCGGAGCGAUUGCUGGAAUAGUAGUUGGAAUAGUACUUGUAAUUCUGAUCUUCGUUGGAGCUUUGCUCCUCUGGAUGAGAAGGAGGAAGCAGAAGGCCACCGGAGGAGUAACGUUGAACAAUAACCGACGUGGCUCUAAGCCUCAAAUCGCUGAGUUGGAGCAACCCAAUACGGCCGAUGCUGCGGCUGCUGCACCAGCAGAGAUACACGGGUCUAUAGUGUUAUCUCUGCCUACUGAGCUUGCGGGCCAGGGAAGGUUAUCAGAGCUACCAAGCACAGAAAAGCCUGCCGAGAAAGAUUAG